AUGGAGAAAAUUAGAGAAAAACUUAAUAAUUUAAUAAGCAAAGAACAAGCGGUCCUAUCGCUUCAAAAUAAAAUCACACUUUUGGGAGCGGAGAAUAAUCGUAUAGAGAAAAAAGUCACGGAUGAUAAGCAUUUGAAGGAGGAAGUCGAGUCGAAUAAGACUACCACCGAGGCACUUCAGCGAAAGGUUGCCCUGCUUGAAAGUGAGUUGGAGAACACUGAACAGAGUUUACGAGACACAACAGAGAAACUUCGGCAAACGGAUGUUAAGGCCGAACAUUUCGAGAGAAAAAUGCAUCAACUCGAAGCUGAGAUAGCUGAUUUGGAGAAAAAAAGAGAUAAAUUUGAAGAAGAGCUCUCACAAAAAAAGAAAGAACUUGAAAAUUUAGGGAACUUUGAUGAUAUUUGA